AUGGCGGAUGUGCUCGAAAUAACACCAAGAGAUAUUGGUAGUGAGGGUCCUGUUCGUGGUGAACAUGACAACCCCCGAGAGACAACCCAUCACAUGGGUGUACAACCACCUACAGGGAGGGAGGAUGAUAAAAAGGUGAUAGUAGAAAAGCUCUGGUCGAAUGACUCUAUACAAAGUAGUAAGGCACAGAAGGGUGGUAUUUCUAUUAUUUCUAUUGUAGGAAAAGGUGGAAUCGGCAAAACAACUCUUGCAAAAAUGGUCUUUAAAGAAGUCAAAGAACAUUUUGGAAAAUGUAGAUGGUGGGUUUGUGUUUCGGAGAGGCAAAACCGUAAGGUUUUGGUGCGGCAGAUACUAAGGGAAGUGUGCAAGGGAUCUAGAGAAAACCCUUAUUGUUCCAUGAAUGAUGUGUGGGAACUAGAAUGGUGGGAGGAAGAGGUAGAGGGAACAUUGAUGGCAGGUGCAAUGGGGAGCAAUAUUUUGAUUACCAGUAGAAAGAAAAAUGUAUCGAAAGGGAUGUGUGCUUCUUAUGUCCAUGAAUUACCAGAAUUUAGUUUUGACCAAAGCUGGGAGUUGUUUCUAAAGGAGGCAAGCCAAACAGAAGAAGAUUUGGUGCUGCAUAGGAUCAGAGAUGUUGGAGAGAGAAUAGUAAGGAAGUGUGGUGGGUUGCUGCUUGUGAUUAAGACGGUAGGGUCGAUGAUGCGUACCAAGAAAUGCAUACAAAAGACUGGAAAUUCGUGGAGGGUAGUAAGAUAUGGGAAUGGGAGAUGUCUGCAGCUGAAAUCGGUGGCAAAGUUCUUUCAGGAUUAUAAGAUGGAAAGGGAGAGAUUGAUCUGGCAAUGGUUGGUGCAUGAAUUGAUAGAGGAAAAGGAAGGCAUAGAUGUGGAAAUGACAGCAAACCAAUACAUUGAUGAUCUGAUGAACCGAUGCUUGAUUGAAAAAGCACGUGGAUAUGGUUAUGAGGGCACUCAUCUCACGUUGCAUAACAUUUUGCAUGACCUUGCCUUAUAUAUAGAUGGAAGGGAAUAUAGCCAUGCCUCCGCUACUGAGCACACCCACCAUAAGUCAUUACUUAGUGUACACGAUGAUGCAGAGGGACACAAGCCUAAUGCCUUGGAAACAGCAAAUAAGGGGGAAUUGUCCAUUGAAGGUUUGCGGGGAGGAAGGGUGAAAGUGAUCGAUGCAAAGAAGGUACAUCUCAAGGAGAGGCAUGAACUGAAUGGUGUGGAAUUGUACUUCAAGGUGGGAGAUGAUGACAGAGUGGGUAGUGCUUCUGAAGAGAGGGGUUUGCUGGAGGCUUUGGAACCUCCACAUGGUAUAGAGAGGUUGGCAAUUUGUGAUUAUGAAAGAGAUAGGCCAGUGUGGUAUUUGGACACCAACUAUGUGGACCUGCGGACACUAUGCCUGGAACGUUGCCCAUUGCUGGCAACUGUGAUAGGAAUUAAAUCAUUGGAAAAUUUGCAGGUCAGAGAAUGCCCAACAUUCUGUGCAUUGCUGAGCAUGCCUUUGUUGAAGUCCUUGAAUAUUUCUGACUGUGAUGGUCUCAACACGAUUGGUGACUUGCCUAAAUUGGAGACGUUGCAUGUGUAUGGAAGUGGCAAUGGGUUGCCUCAGUGGGUGUGGGGUCUCUCCAACUGGAGACAUUGUAACUAUACUCUUUCUCUGAGGACAUCUGCUUGGGAGGCCACUGGCAAUGCCUCCCCAAACUGA